UGUGUGUGUGUGUGUGUGUGUGUGUGUGUGUGUGCACGUGGACAUCAUUGAGCGUGAUUGGAUUAGGAUCUGUAACCAGCUCCAGAUUGAGGUCAAUAAGAUCUGGCGGGUGAAACUGUAAAGCCUGUUAAAUUCUUCACAGCAGAUCUUCUCAAAUGUCCACGUCCCAGUCUUCUAGUUCAGACUGGGACGUGGACGUCUGACCCCAUGAUACUGUACGCUGAUGAUGUUCUUAUCGCCCACCUCGCCUAUGUAGCUCAACAGUCUGCAUGUAGAUCCACAUCAGUCUGUGGGUCAUGUGACCCACAGACUGAAUUAUUACAUGGUGUGUGAUUGGACACACGUAGGACAGAAGCCACAGGACAGAAGCAGCGUCUCUCGUCUUCAGAGCAGAAUACGGAGAUUAGCAGUUGAGCCGACGUUCAUCUUCCGCUGACCACAGCAAACUCUUGGAUCCCUCCUACCCCGAGGUGUGUUCUCCUCACACCUCUGCCCCUAAAACUCCGCUGUCCUUGUCCGUGAUUGGUCGUCUCCGGUCAGGUGGACAGAAGACGCCUGAAAUCCUUUCCUAAGAGAAGAAAAUACUCCUGACGUCCUCCAGUGCUCGUCGGAGGCAGUGGACAGCACCCAGGUCGGGGGACACCAGUCGUCAUCGAGGACCUACUUCCAUUUGACCCUUGGCGUUGGAGGAGAGGGGCCUGAGGAAGGAGCAGUAGGAUGGGGGCUGGGGCGAGCGCCGAGGAGAAACACUCCAGAGAGCUGGAGAAGAAGCUGAAGGAGGACGCCGACAAGGACUCCAGAACGGUGAAGCUGCUGCUGUUAGGUGCUGGAGAAUCAGGAAAGAGCACGAUUGUCAAACAGAUGAAAAUUAUCCACCAGGACGGUUACUCACGGGAAGAAUGCCUGGAGUUCAUCAUCAUCAUCUACAGCAACACUCUGCAGUCCAUGAUGGCCAUCGUGAAGGCCAUGAGCACGCUCAAUAUCAACUUCGGCCACUCCGACCAACAGGACGAUGCCAGGAAACUGAUGCACAUCGCAGACACCAUCGAGGAAGGCACGAUGCCCAAAGAGCUGUCCGACAUUAUUUUGCGUCUGUGGAAAGACACAGGGAUUCAGGCCUGCUUCGACAGAGCCUCGGAGUAUCAGCUCAACGACUCCGCUGGAUACUACCUGAACGACUUGGAGCGACUGAUCCAGCCUGGCUACGUACCCACCGAACAGGACGUCCUGCGGUCCAGGGUGAAGACGACGGGUAUCAUCGAGACCCAGUUUGGUCUAAAAGAUCUGAAUUUCAGAAUGUUCGAUGUGGGAGGUCAAAGGUCAGAAAGAAAGAAGUGGAUCCACUGUUUUGAAGGCGUCACCUGCAUCAUCUUCAUCGCUGCCCUGAGCGCCUACGACAUGGUGCUGGUGGAGGACGAUGAAGUGGUAUGAAACACGUGACCGGACGUGAACUUUUGUCUGAAACUGAAGUGAAUGACUUUCAAAUGAACAAAAAAAAAAGUUUUCUCCGUUUUUACAAACCGACUUAAUCCUAGGGCUGUUCUAAUUCCAUUUGAAUAUUUCCAUGAAGGGCCCAACACCUACGAGGACGCUGGGAACUACAUCAAAGUGCAGUUCCUGGACCUGAACAUGCGCCGGGAUGUCAAAGAAAUCUACUCCCACAUGACGUGCGCCACAGACACGGAGAACGUCAAGUUCGUGUUCGACGCCGUCACCGACAUCAUCAUCAAGGAGAACCUGAAGGACUGCGGUCUGUUCUGAGGUGGGUGACGCACAGUACAGUACAGUACGACUAACAGUGUACACAGUCGGACUGACUGUAAACUCUGAGACUGUCUCUCUGUCCACAGGUUAGUCCCGCUCUCCAAACCCUCCAAGAUGAGACACUUAAUAAAAAUAAAAAAAUCCCUUCUCACGCAAAAACAUAAAUAAUAAAAAAAAACUCAAAAAAAGUGUGGAAACCCGUCAGUAAGUAUUUAAAUCUCCUGCUGUGCGUAGCUGUCAGCUAACAGUCCAGUCAAACUGCCAAAGAACGGACUUCCAUGGCCUCACCACCUGCAAACGCACUUCGUCCUCGUUAAGGAUUCUUAGAAGAAGAAUUCGACUCGAUAGAAACGACUCUGAGCAGUCUGGUCAUUUACGCAGAUUUUUUUUUUUUUUGUAGGAAAUAAGUUAGAAAAAAAACAACUGUUCGCUGUAACUGAGGCCGGUUGUAUUUGAACUGACGUCACAGUCUUAGUCGGUGACGUUGUAACUGUAGAUUCUAAACUUCCGGUCCUCACAGACUCCACUCUGUACAGAAACAUCUGUCAAUCUCCAUCAAGUCGAUUAAAGCUUCUGUAGAAAAGUGUCGUCGACAUUGUCCGUUUUUUUUAACGACUAAAACAACAACAACAACACAGCUCGUAAUCUUUAACGUUUUUAUUUUAUAAAACAAUUAGUUCCCUCGUUCCUCGGGUUAAGGUUGUGAUGUUUAUUCAUUUCAAGGCAGCAGCUCAUUUGGCAAAAACAGAACUGGAAACUAGAAACUGUCGCUUCUGUCUGACUGUAGUCAAUAAAAACCACCGGAAACAGCAGACGUCAGUCCGCCACUGAACAACAACAACAACAACGUUAAACUCACACCAGCUCUGAUAUUGUCACGGUCUUUAACGUAACUCUUUAAAAAAAAA